UAGUAAACGUUGAGCCAACACGUUUUUUUCCAGAAGCACCCUCUCUUCUUCUUCCCCCUUUCUCUCAAGCUUCCAUUUCCAUUCAACAAAAACUUUUAAAACCCUAACCUCCAUCUCCGAUUUUCUUCAAUUUCUUCUUUCUCGAUUCUGCAAUUGUUCAAUCCUUGUUAUGGCGUCUGCUAAUAUUUCUUCACGAACGAUCGAAAUCACUGUGAUAUCGGGAGAGAAUCUGCAAGUCCGUGGAAAGCUGAUCAAGAGCGAUGUGUUCGUCACUGUUCGAUCUGAUCUUCACAACAAGAACGACUCUGUAAGCACCAAAAUCGACCGCGACGCCGCUGGAUUUCCGCGGUGGAACGAGAAGCUCGUCGUCGACCUCCCAAUGCACUCCAGGUUUCUGGUUGUGGAGGUUUGUCGUAGAUCUUCGGGGCGAAAGAUCAAUAUCGUCGCGACGGCUAGGGUUCCGGUGGCGGAUUUUAUCGCCGGAUACUUGCCGGAAAAUCAUCUGCAGUUUUUGAGUUACAGGUUGAGAGAUGAGAGAGGCGAGAGGAAUGGAAUUGUUAACUUGUCGGUGAGAGUGAAGAUGGCGGCAGGAAUUGAGCAUUCUUUGCUGCAGAAGCAGAGGAUUGGAGCUCCGGUUCCGUUGCCGAUGCCGCAAGGAAAAUUCCACGGCGGCGGCGGAGUCGUAACCGGUGUUCCGAUAUGGAGCGUUGGUUAUCGAGGUCGAUUAUAAAUUUCUUUUUAAAAUACUGAAAAUCAAUUCUUUUUAAAAUACUGAAAAUCAAUUCUUUUUAUACGAUUCUUUGUGAUGUAUAUAUAAAUAUAUUUGAUAAAACAUUCUUAUUCUUUUUUCUAUUUUUCUUAUAUAUAUUUUUAAAUUCCAAAAGGAAUAUUCUUUGUUGUGGCGUGUGGCGAUAAAAAAUCGUGAAGGACAAAAUAAAUGAAACUCUCUCUUUUUCUCAUUUAA